AUGAGUCGCAAUAUCUUGCCAGCAUGCGCCGCUACAGAUCAUGCCAAGGUCGAAUCUCCAGCGGCGCCAUCUCCGACUGCAGCUAGAUGGCACCCCGCCAAAGUCAGAAAACUUGCCGGUUCGGCGUGUGAAUACUGUAGAAAACGAAGACGAAAAUGUACAGGAGAACAACCAUGUCCACUGUGCGUGGAUAACGAUCAGGAAUGUAUAUACGACAUCACGAAACCAGAAACGUCAGGUCAAGUUAUCAAAAGGAAGCAUGCUCAGAUGCAACAAGAUCAUGACGAACUAAAAGCUCUUUUCGAUAUUCUUGCGACAGCCAACACCCAGAAAAGUCUUGAGAUUCACAAUCGGAUUAGAGCAGGGCAGUCUCCGCCAUUUAUUCUCCAACAAUUGCAGCAUGGAGAUAUACUUGCUCAGAGUAGGAUCAAUUCAGAGAGGCAUGCGCGGCAUGUUCUACUUAGCAGUCUGAUGCAGACGACCGCUUCCUUCGAUGAGAUGAUUGAUUUCGUUGGCUUCACUGUCGCAACGAAAUCCGUUACGCAGAUACCUACCACGGCGCUUCUGCGACAGCUUAGGGGAAAGCAGACGGACAUCAAGGGAUUUCGUAAUCUUCUUGGCUACCCGCAACCUUCGCCACCGCAGCGUCGAAUAGCCAUAUCUGACCUCCUCAGUGAUCAAGAACGGCCAUCACUUCAGACUGAGACCUUCAACUCGUCAGAGGACGAGCAAGAAAAUAGCAAGAUACCGCUAGAGCCACCUAUCAAGGUGCCUGCAAAGCCUUGGACUGUACUGACGGAGGAUGACAACCUGGUGUCUCACCUGAUUUCCUUGUGGCUCGAGUAUAACAACCCAUUCUUUCGAGUCGUGGAAGAGGAUCUGUUCGUGAAAGCUAUGCAAUCUGGAGAUCUCCGCUCGGAAUAUUGCUCACCUUUCCUUGUCAACAGCAUUCUGGCCCUCGCUUGCCUGUGGUCGGAACACGAAGGCGCUUUUUUCCAACCUGAUGAUUACAUAACGCGAGGACAACACUUCCACGAUGAAGCGUUUCGGCUCUGGCAACUCGAGGAGGGAAGAGCAUCUCUUACGAACCUCCAAGCACUCGCUAUAUUAUAUCCUGGCUGUAUUUUAAGAGGCAAGGACAAAUUAGGUGUAAGCACAUGUGCUCUAUUGACCCAAAUGGGUCGGAGUGUGCCAGACACGCUCCAGCAAACUUCAUCACAAUCCUCACAUACGCCUGACGAACUCAAAGCCUAUCAAAGGGCCAGAAAAACGGUCGCUUGGGCUGCUUUUGCAUGCGAUGUGGCGACUGCCAACACAAUUUUACAACCAGCUUGGCAUACAGCUUGCAAAGAAGAUUUGCCUACCCAUGAAGAGCUCGCGCUUGCAAAGUCAUCAAAUACAUGGUCGGGUUAUCCUUAUCAUGACAAGAAUGACUAUCUCGACAAGGACUCGUUAUAUAUCGCUCAUUGCCGACUGAUUCAGCUGACAUGGAAAGCACAACGCAUCUUAUAUGCUUCAGAUCGCAGCGAUCCGCAGUUCUUUGGCCACGUCGAGGCUUUGACUGACGAAAUGAACCACUGGAAGAAGGAGUUACCAGACAGCCUACAAUUCCAUGGCAGAAUGCCGGCUCCGGUGUAUGACCUCUAUUCUUGCUAUGCAAGUGUGAUCAUCGCUCUAUAUUCACUUUUCCAGCCACUAGGGAAUGCUCGACUCGCCCCAUCAGAAGAGACUUCACAAUCGCGUCCAAAGCAAGGUUUCAGAUAUCAUGCAGAUCUGACCCCACCUUACGAGACACCCGCAAUAACAGAAAACAAUACCAAAGCUUCCUUCGCGCAAAACAUGAGCUAUCGCGCGCUUGCCACCGCCCAAGAACACGCCAUCAGACUAGCCAGUUUCCGCCACCAUUAUGGCUUAAAAAUCGCACCGCCUUAUUUUGUUCAAGCAAAUGGCGUCGUCUGCUUUACCCUCCUCCGCGACCUUGAUAACCCUGCCUCUGCAGCUGCCUUCAAAGAAGCCUUCCGCUGUCUCCUCGGCGCCGGUAUGCAAUUACUCUGGGCAAGAGGUAUGGCUCGAAUGCUACAUCUCACUGCCAAAAACACAGGCAUACAGUUGCCGCGAGCUAUAGAGACUAUUUUGGAAGCUGUUGCGGAUACAGCGUGGACGAAAACCGAUACGGAAAUGUUGAGUUCGUGUUGGCCUAAUAUUGCUAUUGCUAAAGAUGCGAAGGUUGGGGAGAGUGUUACAAUGGAGGAUUUGAUCAAGAAGUGGGAGAGUCUUGCUGUUGAUUCUGAGGAAGGAGAAGGCAAGCAGCGAGGAUGA